UCAGCCAUGAUCAUUCAUAAGAAUACACAGCACGCCUUAAAGGGCACAACCCACGGUCACUUUCCAACGGCAGUUUAAUUUCGUAACGCAAUGAUCACUGAAGCGGGUCCUUCAAAGGCGUAAACGGUUAUGUUCGACGCAACGAAGUUUUUCAAGGGCAGCAUCGAAGAACACAUCGGCGAGCAGGCCGCGUAACGACGAAAAUGACGCCUAGGCCCUGGCGUAGGAUAACACGCGCCCAAAAAUCUCUUCCUCUCUCCUCCCUCCCCUUCUGGGAACGUGUCGCGCGCUGUCUGCUUCCGUUGCCCGUAGCAACCGUGUAAACUGAAAUGGUUGAGCGCUCGAGUGAAUCGCACGUAAUUGCCAAAACAGAGGCCUCGCGCAGCGGCGGGCACAUCACGUCCUCGGUGGGCUUAAAAGAACGGUAGCAAAAAUUGAAAAAAAAAAAAAAAAAAAGCUUGCGCACCCGUAUAUCGAUUCUGCGGAGCAUAUCGCCGUCCCGCCUACGCACACGUGCCAACGCACCGUCUACACAGUGAGGGACAUUUUCAAAGCAUGAACGAGCAUGCGACGCUGUACGAGUACUGGCGUAGGCUGCUCAUGGAGGAGCAGCAGAACGAGGAGCGCAACCACUUGCUCAUGCGCAAGCUGGACGAGAUCGAGCAACGCACCAGCCUGCUCAGCGAGCGCUCCGAGAGACUGCGACAGCUCAGGGAGAACUUUUCGGAGCUGAUCCGGGAACGUUAUCUGAGCCCCGAAGAAAUGAGCUACAGAUAUGAUUACGGCCAGCCUUCGAAGGCAUCUGAGUACAGCCCUCCUGAGUACAUCCCUGACCCGAUUCUGUUCGGCUUGUCGACCCCGCCCUGGGUUCCUCGCGAAGGUCCUCUCCUCCUCUCGCGCACCCAGACACCCGAACGCUGGAAGCCGUUGCCUUCACCUCUGGAGGCCCCGGUGCCUCAGGCGCACCGCCAAACUCGCGCCCCAUCACCACAUCCGGCGACUAAGGAACCCCUCAGCAGCCCCGAAAGACGCCCACGAUACCCUGACGGCGAGACGAGUGAGCCGUGGUUCAACCACUUCGCCAAGAACAGCGGAGGGUCCUUACUGGAGCCUUCCGUAUACUGGAUGCCGGACAGUGCCGAGUUCUUUCGCACUACCAGCGCGCUAGACAGGAAACCCGCACGGUCAAUGGCCACUGAGGAGGAAGACAACAGGCCACACGCUGCUACGGACGUGGCAUUAUCGAUGAAGCAGCAGCAGCAAGAGCAGCACCAGCAGCACCAGCAGCAGCAGCACCAGCAGCAACAGCAGCACCAGCAGCACCAGCAACAGCAGCAGCACCACCACCAGCAACAGAUGCCCUCGCGCAUGAGCCAUUUCUCGGACUACAUCCCGAGCAAUGAGUCGCCACCCGCGGCGAGGAGGCGACUGGGCCCGUCAACCCAGCCACCGGACCUCGGAGGUGUCUUCAUCAACCACACGACCGAAGUGCUUCUCUCAGACGCCGGGGCAACGGGUAAGACGCGUCAUCAUCAGGAGCACCGCGUAGCAGACACGAAGAAAGUGGCGGAUAGCGACACGAGCGGUGACAGCUUCCACCAGGGAGACACCGACGAAGGGCGGCAUGACCCGAAGUCCAUACCCACUCUGCGUCUCCGUAAACCCAGCAGGAGCCACGGUGGGCAUGCUGCAGCGAGCCGCUCUAGGGAAGGUCGCGACACUGGGACUCCCCUGAAGAAGCAGGGAUCGUUCAAGCAGUCGAGAAGAGAGGCCGCUCGUGAAGCGACCCCGGCAUCACGAGGAGCUCAGCCGCACCCUGCGCCGCGGAAUGCCGCGAUGACAAGGCGACCGUCCAACGGCGGUGGUGCGGAGCCCAACAAUUCGACCCCCAGUACUUCGAGGACGUCGAAGGACGCGCAAGAGCCUGAGCGGUCAACCAGGAGGGCGAGACAACAUGCCCGAACCGUGGGUCAUGAGUCACAGACUGACCGGAAUGAUGUCAAACCAGCGGCACGCGACGCGUCGGAGAGAAGUGAGGCCACCGACGCGGGUCGCGGCAAGGACAGUGACUGGUCAGUGUCCUGCGGAGAACAGCAGCAACUGAGCGACAGCAGGCAGGAUGCGUCGCGGGACGCUGGAAAGCGAGAGGACAAGGACGCGCGGGUUCAGGACUCGAAGCUUCAGCUGCCCAUGGAGAAGGACAACUCCUCCCGGAAGUCGGGCACGGACAGGCUCAUGAGGAGCGGAAGUGAAGGACAGCUUCUGGAGCUGGACUCGUCAGGACACCGCAGUGAGAGAAGAAGUGUGCCAGCUGCCCUGGUGGAGUCACGCCACUUGGCUGGCCACUCGGAACAUAUGGCUCUGCCGAACGCCGACGAGCAAGAGGUGGGCCACCACCAGUCCGCGCACAGGGUCCAGAAUUCCGAAGAGGCACCGGAAAAGCGCCCGGAUAAACAGAAGAGCAAGUCUCAUAAGCAGUCCAGGAGCCUGAGCAGUUCGAGUAGUUCUAGCAGCAAAAGCUUGCCGUCUGACAGUCCCAAGGAGGCGCCAGGUGGCAAAGGGAAAGGCCAAUCCAACGAUAACAGCGAGGACAGCUUUUUCGACAAGGACAUUCUACCGCAAGAUACCACUGCCUACCAAUUUCUUCUUGGAAAUGUGAAGCCAACUGCUCCGGAAAAACCAUCCGUGGUGGACCAGCCCUCGGAGAGCAGCACUGACAUUGAGAACGAAAUCGGCAGCCGCAGUUAUGACCAGCCAACCCAAGUAUAAAAAGAGUCCCGAAGAGCUCGAGGAUCCCAAAGCUGGCAGCAAUGAUAGCUCCCCUCCGGAGUAUGACGUGACCUCUGUCAACAUACAGAAUCUCAUCAGCGCCAAGGUUAAACAUGACGUGCCUUCGCUUAUUUCACGGAAGGUCCUGGGCCUCGACAUGUACGCAGAGCCCAAAAUAUUGCAGAGCCAAAAGCGAGACGACGAAGACAGCUUCUUCGACUGACGGGAAUGCAUCGUGAAGCUCAAGCCUGCAGCUCCGUUCGUUUCGGUGUAGCCCGCGGGCGUACUCGUUCUGUGUGUGAUAUAUUAUUGUAUGGAGAUUUUCAAUGGGUGCGAAUUGGAGCACUGCUCCAGAAGCGCUCUCACCUUGCUUAGUUGACAGCAACUAAAACGUGUCGAGGUUGCCACGAGCCCUCGCGAAAACGCUUGGCGGGCUAUUUUCACUGCUCCCUUAUAACAGAGACUACAUCAAUUCUAGACCACUGCGCAGCCAACGCGUCAGCGAUUUUGUAUCAUCGGUGUCACAUUAAUUUCGUACGCUCACUAUAGCAAGCCACAGCCGCGCUAUUCUCCAGUUCAGGAAAGAGAACAUGCUCAACUAUGCCGCCGCUUAUUCACUUGGCCUUUCCUUUGAGUCGCUCCCCCGGGAUGGAUGUGGUAUGAAAGGAGCUUAACAAAAUACGUUUGCCCGUUUGCAACAUUGUAAUCUGUCGAGAGAG